AAAAUCUCUCUCCCCUGUCCCUCUCUUAUUCAAAAGAAAAUCAUAGGAGGAGAUUUCGGGAAUCCCCAACUUUUCUGGCCACCCUAUCUCCUCCCCAAUAUUGGACAUUCCUUCCCAAAAUAUCCCUCCUUUGGUUUGCCUCUCCCUCUCUCCCCUCUUUAAAUCCCCCUCCCCGUCUUCCCAAACUGUCCCUGUCUCUCUCUCCCCCCACAUCUCUCUAAAAAUCUCUCUCUGUCUCUCGCUUCUCGGCGAUGACGGCGCCCAACAUAGAGAUGAUAGCAGCGUCGCUGAGGAACUGCUCGUUGGGGAGAGGAAACAGGGGGAGCUGAACUCGGAGUUGCCUCUGCCGUACCACUGGGAGCAGUGUCUCGACAUGCGGACGGGAGAAAUAUACUACGUCAACUGGGAGAACGGCAGCAGGACCACCCAGGAUCCCCGGACCUCUUCCACUGCCUAUUUGACGAGCUACUACUUGGAGGAAGAAGAGGAAGAGGAGGACACCUCCGACGGGGACAGCACCUCAGGCGACGGCGACGAUGGCAGCGGCGAGCCCAGCUUCUCCUCCAGCGCCUAUUCCGGCCUCUCCUCCAUCUCCUCCCCGUCCCCAGGCGAGACCGCCACCAGCACCGCCGAUUCCUCCGCCAGCAGCGAGAUCCUUGUCGCCGCCGGCUGCAAGGCCUGCUUCAUGUACUUCAUGGUCCCCAAGCGCGUCGAGGACUGCCCCAAGUGUGGCGGCCUCCUCCUCCACCUCGGCCGCAACGGUUGCAUCUAAAACUUGUUGGUUUUUGGGUCAAACCACUGAGAAAAAUAUUAUUUUUUAAGCCAAAGUUUCGAUUUUUUUUAUUCUCCUCCUCUCCUGUUUCCAUCUUCAUCUUCUCCUCUUCUCUCCCCGUCUAUACCCAGCUGUGAAUCAUAGAGAUUAAUCUAUAAAUACCGGUAAAUAAUCUUUUCUUA